GCUAAUUCGAUGUCUAAACAAUUAAAUUAGAAUUCAUUAUCUAUAGAAGAGAAAAUUAAAAAAAUUUAUGAGACUACUGCUCCUGUUUAAUUUAGAUCAGAAUUAUAACUUUAUGAUGAAUAAUUAGAAAUGCAAAAAGAUUGUUAAAGGUAUUUUUUCAGCGAUUAUUAAAUUGAAAAUAUUCAAUAUUAACUACGUUUUAAGUAAAAAAGGAAAGAAGAAAAUAAAGUAGUGUACACAUUUGAUAUUAAACAAUGUAUAUAAAUAAUUUUUUAUUUAAAUUAGUAUUGCCUAAAUCAUAACUUUUAGAAACAACAGCAUUUGUAAAAAGUCAAUUUGGAUGCAAAAUAUUAAAAACAAAGGCAUCAAACACAUUAUUAGAGAUGCAUUUGGAGAUAUCAGAAAAUAAAAAUGAUAAUAAAUAAAUAAUUGAAGUUUUUUUAGGAUCAGUUUAAAAUAAAUUCAAGAUUAGAUUAAGUAAUUACGUUCAGUUAGAGCAUUGUUGA